AUGCCUGCGCAAACCAAAAAGGAAGCGAAAGCCCAACAGAAGGCCAUAAGAGCAGAAGAAAAUAAGCAGCGUGUUGAAAUACUUGCUCAGAUAACACGACACAGAGCCAUCGACCAGGAAAAUGAAGGACGAAAUUUAAUGGUAGAAUGUAAUUUCAAACCAACAUCGCCAGUCACGAUUUUUGGUACGGGCACCGCUAUUGGGACCAUGGAUAUCGAUCAAAACAUAUUGAAAUCGCUUGAAGAGUACAGGUCUCUGACUACGGACCUCAAGAUCAAGUUUGUUUUUCCUCAUCCUGAUGAAGAGUGGGAUUCACGGAUACCACAAGAUCAAGAAAAUUUCAUCCUUGAAGUCGCAAUGAUCACCGACACUUUUGAAAACCUGAAGACAUUUGUUGUUUAUUUUAAAGUUGAGACCAACAUUGAGAACGCUUGGCCACAGUUAAGAAGUGCAGCUCACUUUUACGCCAAUAAAUUUAGAGGUUGGGAACUGUGGGUGUGUUACAUGGGGGAAAUUGUCGACAAGGACAACAAACCAACCGGCACACCAGUAUAUAAGCAAUGUGGAGCAGGAGGCCCACUAGACAGGAGCCUGAGUGGGUGGAGGAAAGCACUCGACAAGAGAUAUGGUGGAGGAAAUUAA